UCUCUUUCCCUGCAAGGCGCCACUAACGCCAGUGCCAGGCUCGCUCAGGCUCUUCCGCAGUUUCGCUUCUCUCGCUUGGAGCAUCUCAAUCUCGAAUUCGCCCAGCCAAUCACGGAUACAGAUCUGCUGCUGCUGGCGGGGAAGCCCCUCGUGUCUCUCAAUCUCAACGCGUGCCAGCAAGUCACGGACCAAGGGGUCACCACUGCCGCAAAGCUGCUCCCUAACCUCCGCUCCUUCUCGCUCUACUGGAAUCUCAAAGUGACUGAUUCAGGGGUGAAGCAAGUGGUGCUGCGCUGCUCCUCGUUACAGUCACUCAACCUUAGUGGAUGCAAGAACAUCACUGACACAUCGCUUCGCUUCAUUGCCGACUCGCUUCCCCACCUCAAGUCCCUCAACCUCACCCGGUGCGUGCAAGCGACAGACAAGGGUCUCGAGAACAUCACAGCGGGAUGCUUCCAUUUGGAAGAGCUGCUGCUCUAUGCUCUCUCCAGCUUUACAGAUGAUUCCCUGGCAACCAUCGGGCACCUCUCCCACCUGCGAGUGCUCGACCUGUGCGGCAUGAAGCAUCUGACCGACACUGGACUGGAGGGCAUUGCACGCUGCACUCACCUCGUAUCACUCAACCUCUCAUGGUGUGUGCUUAUAACGGAUCAAGGCCUCAUCCAAGUGGCAUCGUCCUGUCAUCAUAUCGAGCUUCUAAGUUUACACGGCAUAAGGGGGGUCACAGAUGCGGCCAUGGCUGCCCUCUCCGCUUCCUGCCGUACCUCCCUGCACACAUUGGAUGUCAACGGCUGCGUGGGAAUACAGGAUCGUUCUCACGACCAUCUGAAGCUGCAAUUUCCACGGCUGGCGUGUUUCACUGUUCAUAAAUAG